CUUCUCGCUCGCUGACACUGGAUGACUUUUUCCUCCUGAUUUUUGCUUUUUUCUGUCCGUCUUGUUGGUGAACAGCGAAGAGAGAAAAAGAGUCCAAGGACCAACCUGCUUAUUUCCCUUUCCCCCCCAAUUUCCUCCCACCAACCCUCCAGUUACUAACCUUGUGGCCUUCCAUAAGCCUCCCCUCGGGAUGAUCUGAUUCGUCUUCUGCUCACUUCUUCCACCGUCUUCCCUCCCAACAGCUGGAUACUGCCUUACCGCUCUCGCGCGCCCUCUCUCCUCUCUUUCUCGCCCGCGCGACCUCCCCCUCCCACCCUCUCAGCUCAGCCGGAGUUCUCAAUCUCGCCCUCGCAAUCUUCGACCGUAGCUCUUCUUCAGCCAUCAACCAACUCGUCCACGCCCGCUUUUCUUGCCAGCUAGUACCUCCUACCCUCGCCUUUCUCCAUCAGGUCUUCGCUGUUACUCCAUCUUGCUAUCGCUCGCCGCGUCCACCUCUCCUACAUUAGACAGACAUAAUACAUCACACACCGCAUAUCCGGCCUCACUCUCACAUGCGCGCUCUUCCGCAGCUCUCGCAUCCGGCCUCAAGGAUCUAGUUCUGGCCAUCCCCGAGUUUUCAAUCAGCGACCCAGGCCGAGCGUUACUGUGAUCAUCAAUCAUCGCGCCGACCAUGUCGGCGCUCAACCCCAUCCCUCAGUAGAGCAUCAUUAUCCUUCAGCUCCAGUCUCGGUCUCCCUCAUCCCCAGCUAAGAUGACUCCGAGAUCUACUGUCAGCAACAAUCCGUCCCCCAGUGUCGGCCAGCCUACGCCUCCCGCGGUGACUUCGUCGACCUCGGGGACUGUCGUCACCAAUGAAUCCGACAGCGACAAUCACCCUGAAGAGCGUCCAACUCACACGUCAGAGAUUGGCACCCUCAAGAAGCUCCCUAACCACGGCACCGCGUGGCUGGGCAGUUCUUCCGGUGUCUACUUUGUCAACACUGUGCGACGAGCCUUUUCCGCAGCCUUCGCUUCUUCAAAUUUAGGCGGUGCCAAUCCCGUUCCCGCAAGUGAGGACAUUCUCACUGGCGAGGACGCCGAAGGUCGUUCCUACAAUGGCCCGCUGUAUGAGGGACCCAGCACAUCCGAUCAGUUUCCCCAGACUCUUGCCUCGGCGCUGGGCAAGCCUCCAGCGAAGAAGAUCGCCAUCGAAUUGGUCACUUCUUUCUUUACUGUGUGGCACCCUCUUUUCCCCUUUCUCCAUGGGCCUAGUUUUAUCAAGGACAUGGAGACAAUAUAUGCUUCGCAGCGGCGUCCUUCCAAACCAACCAAGGACAGCCCCGGGCCUACCGACUUGCGGAAGCUGCUGACCUUUCAGCUGAUCAUCAAUAUCGCAUCUCUCGAUCGUAGCGAUAUCCAUCUCCCCAUGGAGUCGCGCGUCAAGUCGACCGCCGACGUAUGUCGAGUGGCGGGUUGCCUUGCGAUGGACCACGAUCUGGCCACUAUUCAGGCCAUCCUGGCGGCUGAACUCUAUCUCACCGCUACCUUGGCUAUUCGCCAAGCCAGCACAGUUGCUGGCAUUAUCAUCAAAUUAAUAUACCAUGCUGGUCUCCACAGAUGUCCCCUGCGAUAUGCCCAAUUUUCACUCGAAGAUUGCGAAAUCCGCAAACGGAUCUUUUGGUCGGCAUACGCUCUAGAUCGACAUUGUAAUUUGAGUCUUGGCGACCCCAACGUGAUUCAAGACGACGACAUUGACGUAUGCUUGUCCGGACCGGAACUUCACAAGGCCCUUGCGCGAGACCUGAUGCCCAACCCGGAUGGCGACAUGAGCAUGCACAUGCCCCCUCCACGGGCGGUCCCGGAUGACCCACGCGUGGCGCAAUCCGACAAUGAAGGACCUGAAGCACAAGAAAAAAGAUUGAGGGAGGCAGCCCUGACGGCCUAUGUGCAAUGGGGCAAGUUGACUGGUCAGAUCAUUGAAGUCUUUCACAAAAGCAUCAAUCACCGGUUCCCCAAACACGAACAAAUUCUUCGUCUUACCAGCGACAUCGAGACUUGGUGGAAUGAUCUUCCCGGGUUUUUGAGUGGGGAGAUGGAAGCGGGCCAUGAGAGGAGCAACCGUGAAUCUGGCGACAUGACCGCGAACACCGCAUCUUCCACGAGCAACGGUCAAAAUGCAGUUGGCAAUGGCUCCGACUCAUCCCAUCUUCCUCCUGCCCAACAACAUCUUGCAAGCUUUUUCAAGAUCUUGUACCACCGGCUGCUCCUUCUGGUGAACCGCCCCCGCCUUUCUCUUGACCAAUCAACCCCUGAAUUCCAACAUGGACUGCAAGUUUGUAUACGAGCGUCGCGGGGAAUCGUGGCGGGUCUGAGAGCGCACAAGAAACACGGCCAAUCCAUGUUUCUUCCUGGUCUCCUAUCUGCUGCGUGGAUGUCUGGCCUCAUCAUCGCCUUCGCCUGCCAAUUGGGCAAAUACGCCAAAGCUAGAGCGCUCAGUGACAUGCAAGCGUGCCUGCAUCUGCUGGAAAGCAUGAAUAUCCGAUGGUACACGGUACAAAACUGUCACAAAGUCCUGAGCCUGCUUCUCAUCAACAUUCAGUCACGGAAGGCCUCGGUCAACGGUUUCCUGACCGUCCCCAAGCCAGAUCAAUCACCGCAGAGUAUGCCGGUCGAAUUCGAUCAGCCAUCGAGAAAGAGACCGCGGACGACGAGUGGCAAUGAAGAUGCAAGUCCUCGGAAGUCGUCCGUCGCCGAGUCCACCACCAGUUCGCCGAUCCAAGGGCACAUCUCGACGGGUACGGGAAAUAAUUCUCAUUCGCGACUGAAACAUCAAGCGUCUACCCCCAACAGCACGCAAACGUGGACACCUUCGACGACGUUCGACCCCAGUAAUCCCUCGGCGCUCACCAACCCGACGGGCACUCUCUCCACGUUUGACUUUUCGAAUUGGGACCGUGGACAGCCGACGACUCAACCACAGUUCAACCCGGGCAUCGGCAGCGCGGUGUACGCCACUCCACAGGAUUUGGCUUUUGCACAAUCAACCAUGAACAUGAACCUCCCAGGGCAAUCGGGGUCGGCGGGCAUGGGAGGCGAUGGCAGCAACACGAACAUACAAGAGUACUCGGACCCCAUGUUUUGGGGCAACAUGGAUUAUAACGUGGCGGAUAUCUUUGGUUCUGCCACUUGGGAGAACAUGACGGGGCCAUUCGCCCCGGGCGGGGGCGUCAACAACGGAUGGGACAUGUGAACAGCGGACAUGUUGAACGAUGAGGAAACAUCUGGAUAGAUCUGCUUGGUUUCAGAAACGACCGACCCCAGGGAUCUUAUGCAAAAGCUAGGGGGCGGAAGGAGAAUUUGUGACAGUCUUUGCGUCUGUGAAAGGAUAUGAUGGGUCUGGACAGAAAUAAGCUGCUGCUGCUGCUUCUGCACGUUUCUUCUUCUGUUUGCAUCUUGGAUGGAAACCUUUUGAUCCCUGAAAUGAAUCAGCGGAGCUCCGGCGUUGGCUGGGUGAACAGUGAGGGCACUCGAAAUGCGGGUGUGGCGUCCCUGCAGCGGAACCUGUAUGAUAACCUGUGAGGAAGUUCCGAUGUCUUGGUCGACGGUGACCUUUCUAUAUCCCUGAAUUUGAUUUGGAGGGCCAGACUCGUCAAAAGUGUCUCGUAGAGCGGUGCCCGGGUUACGUGGCCUGUAUGG